AUGACAGUCAAGCGCGAAUCCGACGACGACGCCAGCGCGCGCACCAAGCGUGUCAAGACGGAAGACGGGCACGGCGAGGUCAAGCGCGAGAACAACCCGUACCUCAGCCACUGGAACGAGUCGACGGCCGUCAAGCGCGAGAACAACCCGUACCUCAGCCACUGGAACGAGUCGACGGCCGUCAAGAGCGGAGACGGCCUCGCAGGCUUCCGGCGCCAUGCCACAUCGUCGGAGCAGGCCAUGGCUGCCGAGGACGGGCCCAGCAAUCCGUUCACCGGCCGUCCGCUGUCGAGCAAGUACAUGAGCAUCCUCAAGACGCGCCGCGACCUGCCCGUGCACCAGCAGCGCAACGAGUUCCUCAAGCUGUACCAGGAGUCGCAGAUCCUCGUCUUUGUCGGAGAGACGGGUUCCGGAAAGACGACACAGAUCCCGCAGUUUGUCCUCUAUGACGAUCUCCCCCAGCAGAGCGGCCAGAUGGUCGCCUGCACCCAGCCGCGCCGAGUCGCCGCCAUGUCGGUUGCGCAGCGUGUCGCCGACGAGAUGGACGUGACGCUGGGCGAGGAAGUCGGUUAUACGAUCCGCUUCGACGACAAGACGGGCCCCAACACCAUCAUGAAGUACAUGACCGACGGCAUGUUGCUGCGCGAGGCCAUGCACGACAACAACCUGUCGCGCUACAGCACCAUCAUCCUUGACGAGGCUCACGAGCGUACCCUGGCCACCGACAUCCUGAUGGGUCUGCUGAAGGAGGUGGUCUUGCGCCGCAAAGACCUCAAGCUCAUCAUCAUGAGCGCCACCCUCGACGCCACCAAGUUCCAGAAGUACUUCCACAACGCCCCACUGCUGGCUGUGCCCGGUCGCACGCACCCUGUCGAGGUCUUCUACACCCCAGCGCCCGAGCGCGACUACGUCGAGGCUGCCCUGCGUACCGUUCUGCAGAUCCACGCCACCGAGCCCGAGGGUGACGUGCUGCUCUUCUUGACCGGAGAGGAGGAAAUCGAGGAUGCCUGCAGGAAGAUCAGCCUCGAGGCCCAGGAUCUGACACGAGAGGGCGGUGCCGGUCCGCUCGUCGUAUACCCGCUGUACGGAUCACUUCCUCCUGCCCAGCAGCAGAAGAUCUUCAGCGCGGCACCGCAACCGCUGACACCAGGCGGACGUCCCGGCCGCAAGGUCAUCGUGUCUACCAACAUCGCCGAGACAUCGCUCACGAUCGACGGCAUCGUGUACGUUGUCGACCCUGGCUUCAGCAAGCAGAAAGUCUACAACCCGCGCAUCCGUGUCGAGUCUCUCCUUGUUUCGCCAAUCUCAAAGGCCUCUGCCCAGCAGCGUGCUGGUCGUGCCGGUCGUACACGGCCCGGAAAGUGCUUCCGUCUGUACACCGAGUCCGCCUUCAAGAAGGAGUUGAUCGAGCAGACGUACCCUGAAAUCCUGCGCUCCAAUUUGGCGAGCACAGUUCUUGAGCUCAAGAAGCUGGGUGUGGAUGAUCUAGUGCACUUCGAUCUGAUGGAUCCGCCUGCACCGGAGACGCUCAUGCGUGCGCUGGAGGAGCUCAACUAUCUGGCGUGUCUCGACGAUGAGGGUGAGCUGACAACACUGGGAAGGCUCGCCUCGGAGUUUCCACUGGACCCUGCGCUGGCUGUCAUGCUGAUCACUUCGCCCGAGUUUUACUGCUCGAACGAGAUCCUGUCCCUGACCGCGCUCCUCUCCGUUCCCCAGGUCUUUGUCCGCCCAGCAAACAACCGCAAGCACGCCGACGAGAUGAAGGAACUGUUCGCGCACCCCAAGGGCGACCACCUCACCAUGCUUAACGUCUACCAUGCGUUCAAGGGCGAGGACGCGCAAGCCAACCCGAAGCAGUGGUGCCACGACCAUUUCCUGUCCUAUCGUGCACUGCAGCAGGCUGACAAUGUCCGCAUGCAGCUUAAGCGGAUAAUGGAGCGCUCCGAACUUGAGCUCAUGUCGACACCAUUCGAGAACAAGAAGUACUACGAGAACAUCCAGCGUGCGCUGGUUGCGGGUUUCUUCAUGCAGGUUGCCAAGCGCGAUGGCAACGGCAAGCAGUACACUACCGUCAAGGACGAACAAACCGUACUGCUGCAUCCAAGCACGGUGCUUGCUGAGGACAGCGAAUGGGUUGUGUACAACGAAUUCGUCCUGACGACCAAGAACUACAUCCGCACCGUGACCAGCGUCAGGCCAGAGUGGCUUAUGGACAUCUCGCCAAACUACUACGAUCUGUCGACGUUCAAGAAGGGUGACAUCAAGACGGCGCUGCAACGGGCGUCGACAAAGCUACUGCGCAAGGAGGCCGAGAAGGGGAGAAGGUGA